AUGGAUAUUAAUUAGAAGAGAAAAAUUAAAGUCAAAACAAUAUCUCAAUAAGUCUUUGAGUUCGAAGUACCUCAAGAUGUAUUCAAACUAAUAUAAACAUAGAUAACGAUAGCAGACUUAAAAAAAGAAAUUUUUGAGAAAUCUUAAGUUCCAAUAGAUAGAUAAAGAUUGAUCUUUUUGGGAAAGGCACUUCUUGAUAAUUAAAAAUUAAAUGAAAUAAUUAAGGAAGAUGAUCAAACAAUUCAUUUGAUGGCGAUUACUCAUCCACAAUAAACUCAAUAGCCAUAAUAAAAUUAAAAUUAAAAUCAAUAGUAACAAUAGAGGUUUUAAUUUAUGCCUGGAAUUCAAACUACUACAUAAAUCCAUAUAGGAGGAGGAGGAGGUAAUUCUUUUUAUAUUUCUGCAUUAGAUGGCUAAACAUUUAUGCCCCCAGAAUUAGCAAAUAUUCUAUCAAUGUUUGGAUCUCCAAUAAUAAGGACAUAAUAACAAUAGUAACCUCAAUAAUAAUAGGCUUAAACUACUCAAUAAGGUUAAUAAUAAUAACAAUAGUAGCAAUAAUAAUAAUAAUAAUAAUAAUAAUAAUAAUAAUAAUAACAAUAGUAGCAAUAAUAAUAAUAAUAGCAAUAAUAAUAAUAAUAGCAAUAAUAAUAAUAAUAGUAAUAAUAAUAAUAGCGAUAAUAAUAAUAGUAAAAUUUACCAAAUUAAUCUACACCUACUAGAUAAUAACAACCAAUACCUUAAUAAUAAAACCAACCAUAAUUAUAAUAAGUAACUUUAUUGCCAAAUGACUAAUCUGGUGUUGGAGUCCUUCUUCCUACAGAACACAUUCAAUCACUAAGUAGAGUGCUGGGCAAUUUUUAUUAAUCUUCAUUACUUGGAUUAUAAUUUUAAUUGCCCUAAAUGACAGAGCAUAGAAAUAACAUUACAGUCUUAGGUCAUUAUAUUCAUUAAUUGUGCUAUGUUCUUUAAAGAUCUUUACCAAUUUUGUAAAGAGUGUCAGAUCUUUUAAUGAGGGAACCAUUUUUAACUUCUGAAACAUAAAGAAAAGAGACAAUGCAAUUAAGUAGAGACUCUGCAUCAGUUGUCUAAUCAAUAAAUAGAAUGACUAGUGAUUUAUAUUCUGCUUUGCUUCGAUUUUUAGAUCUUGGAUCUGCUCCAGGAUAAUUUUCAUUAUAGGUACCAAACUAAUUAAUAGCCCACAAUCAUCACCACCGUCAUCAUCAUGGAAUUAUCAAUGUAUAACAUUAACAUAUUGCCAGAAAUCCAUAAUAAUAAUAAUAAAAUCAAUAAGCUUAAUAAUAACGGGCAAACUAAUAAUAAUAACCAUAAUCGACUUAGUAAUCAUAAUCAACAUAAUAAUCUUAAUCAUAAUCAACAUAAUAACAACAACAAUAACCUUAAUAAAAUUUGUUUAACUCAUUAGGAUAGAUUUUAAAUUAAUUUUCAUAAAAUCAAAAUUUAUAAUAAAAUAAUUAACCAUAGAUGCAGGUUGAAUAAUAAGGGGAUUAGAUUAUUAUAGAUGCUUAAGUUUUAGAGAUUGAUGCAGGAAGUGAAUCAGAAUCAAAUUAAGCAGGAAAUUAAUAAUAAAAUAACAAUCCUUUAAAUGCUAUCAAUAAUUUAGUGAACAACAUAAUUAACUUAGAAUAAUAGUAAAAUUAAUUUUAACCACAACAAUAAUUUGGAUCUGAGCAAUAAUCUUAACCUUAAGGUCAAAAUUAAUAACCCCAAUAGCAAUAGAGUACCCAGAACGUACCUUAAUAAGCACAAUCGAUUAUGUCUGGUUUACUUGGAAAUCUAGGGCUAGGAGGUCAACAAGGAGGAGCCAAUUUAUUAACUAUGACUUUACACGAACUUAUGAUGUAAAAUUAUUCAAAUCAAAUGGAAGAUGGUGAAAUAGAAAUUUUAUAAAUAUUUUCUUAAGUUAAAAUAGGGGAUAUAAUGGCUGCAUAGUUCUCAGGCAACUAUUCAUUUUUGGAUGGAUAACAAGGAAGCAUUAAAGAAAAUUUACAUAAUUUAAUAAGCAAAAAUGAAGGAAGAAUAGAAUUAAUAGAAAAAAUAGCAAAUUCCUUUUUAUCUACAGUAGUUCCUAAAGGAAGCGAUUAGCAUUUAUUAAUCGAAGGAUUUGAACCAAGAAUUACAGCUUCUGAAGCUCUUGUAAAACAUAUUAAAUAAUUUUUCUUAAUAAUUGAAAAGGACUAUACAAAUAGUGUUGAAAAGUUUAGUGAUGCAAUAGUCAGUCAAUUCUUUAAAAUGAUUGGAGAAACUGCUUAUGAAGUUUCAGAAGGAUUAGUCCAUGGUCUUGAUGAUUACAAACUAGUUAUAUAGGCAAACCUUUAGGAGUUAUUAAGAAAAUCUGUUGGCCAAGAAAUGGCUAUGAUGUUUAGUGGUAUGCUGUUUAUGAUGCUAUGGGGCAUGAUAGAAAGGUCCUAUAAUUAACAUAAAAAAUCUCUUGAAUAAUAGCAAUCGAAGAUAUAAUAAGAAGAAGAGUUAAAUGAGGAAUAAUUGUUGAAGGAGAUUAAUGAGGCUAGUUAAGCAUGCAAAUAAAAUAGCCAAAUUAAUUUUUCUAAUGAGUAUAAAAAAGGAGAUCCAGACUAUAAAGAUUUUGAUUGA